AUGUUCAGUGGAGCCAAGACAACCACAGCCAAGUGGUGGGGCCAGGCCCAGGUUGCCAUGGAUACUGUGUCCCUGGAGCAUCAGAUCCAGAGCGUGCAGCGCCACAUCAGCUUCCUGAAAAAAGAGCAGAUGGCCCUCCUGCGAGACCUGCACCUGGAGAUCCUGAGGCUGCAGAAACGCUGCUCAGAACUGACCCAUGACCUGGAGAUGAGAGAGGCCCAAUCUCACCAGCAAGAGGUGGCGUCCCGAGAGCUGGAGACCAAGUGCCGUGCGCUGGAGCUGCAACUAGCAGAACGGGCUGCAGCCAACGCCGAGCUGCGGCGGGAAGUGGCGCAGCGCGAGGCGCUCGUGUCCGCGCUGCGCUGCAGCCUGCGAGCGGAAGAGCGCCGCUUCCUGGAGGAGCUGCGCCGCCGCAGCCACCGCGCCACGGUGCUAGCGGCCGGUGCCCUGGACGACCCCGACCCCAUGCCCGACCCCGCACUCUUCCUCUACGCCCGGAGGCCCCCGCGGCCCAGCGGCCGCAGCCCGCGCCAGCCCCCUACCCAGGAGCCCCCGGACCUGGCCGACUUGCAGUCUCGGCCCAGCCCAAGCCCGCCCGCUGCGCUUAGCCCGCCCAGAGCGCCUGGGGAGGCGGAGUAA